CUGGAACUAAUUUAUUUGGGUGAUAAAAAUAUGACCCAUCCAAAUAGAAGAAGUCAAACAAAUCAAGGCUUUUUCCUGAUUUGAAUCUUCAAAUUCAGUAUUUGGGAGUUCACCCAAUCUUUUCUUUCCUCCAUCUUCAUCUUUUCCUGCUGCUCCAGCUCAUCAUCAGAAGACGUCCCCUAGCCCUGCUCCGUCGCCCUGGGUGAGCGGGCAGGGGGGUGGCCCACAGUACCCCCCGACAUCUGGGCGUCAGCAGGCCGGCGGCGGCUGGUGAGGAGGCGGCAGGGCCUGUGCUGGGAAGAUGGCCGCCCUUGCCAGCUCCCUCAUACGGCAGCGUCGGGAGGUCAAGGACCCCCAGACCAACCGGCAGAUUGCCAGCAAGAGGAAGCCGUGUCCAAAAAGCAACAAGUCACUCUGCCAGAAACAAAUCCUUAUUUUAAUAUCGAAGGUUCGAUUAUGUGGCAGUCGAGGGAGAAAAAUGGAAAAAAGACCAGAGCCGCAGCUGAAGGGCAUCGUCACGCGGCUCUACUGCCGACACGGCUUCUACCUCCAAAUGCUGCCAGACGGAACCAUGGAAGGCACAAAGGACGAAAGCAGCUCCUUCUUGCAGUUCAACUUGAUUCCUGUGGGCCUCAGGAUAGUGGCCAUCCAGAGUACUAAGGCGGGGCUCUACGUGGCCAUGAACAGUGAGGGCUACCUCUACACUUCGGAACACUUCACACCAGAGUGCAAGUUCAAAGAGAGUGUGUUUGAGAACUACUACGUCACCUACUCGUCCAUCCUGUACAGACAGACGCAGUCAGGUCGGGCCUGGUACAUUGGCAUCAACCGAGACGGGCAGGUCAUGAAGGGGAACCGUGUCAAGAAGACAAAGGGAGCUGCACAUUUUCUACCUAAACUCAUUGAAGUGGCCAUGUAUAGGGAACCGUCCCUGCACGACGUUGCUGAGCAGAGUCCACCCAGGAAGACGCCCAAGACAUCUAGUGACUCGCCUGUGCUCCAGAAUGGCAAGAAAGACACUGAAACAAAAACAAAAACCUCAUCUUCCUAGCGCUUACAGACAAACAGUGGAGGGAAGAAGCCCCCCAAAGGACACCUGAACAGAGUUGCCAUAUUAAGGAUCCCUUUGAGACUCUUUGGCUACUAUAGCGGAUACAAGGCCUCAAAACAAUAAUUGCUGUCCACUUUCAUGUCCGAACCUCGGUGUGAAAAAAAAUUGGGAAGCAAUAACUUCAAGGAGAGGCAUCAUAAUCUGGAAGAGGUGAAUCCAGGGUUUCCCCUUAAUGUAUUUGAUUGUGUCGGUGCGCCACAGCAACAUAUUAGCCACAACACCUUAAAAAUGUGGAGUUUUACAUGAAAACAAAAUAAAAUAAGAUGUGUUGCAGCAUCCAUAAGAAGACACACUAAAUUUGAUGCACUUUUUAGCUUUUAUUGCCAAUUUUAUGCUAACAACAACCCUAAUUCCAACAAGCAUUUCCUCCGUGCACACACAUCUGUCUCUGUACACACAACAACACUUUGAUAUUAAUAUAUCCAAGAUAUACAGUGAUCUACAAAAUUUAAGAUGACAGUGGCGGCUUUUAAGGAGUGGAAGGCUCCACGCAGUGCAAAGCAAGUGUGACGUCAGGCUUGCUGCAAUCCAAAAAUAGUUAUUGAAUUUGUUAUUCUUAUAGCUAGACCUGUGUGUUUAUUUCUGUACCUGACAGUUUUGGCUACAACUGUUGCCUUCCUUAGAGGUUGUCACGUGAUGAAGGCAACAGUUGUAGCCGAGAAGGUCAGGUACGGAAAUAAACACACAGGUCUGGCUAUAAGAAUAACAAACUGCAGACUCACUGCAGUUCGCUUUUUGUCGCGGACAAAGAGCGACAAAAGAAUCUCUAAACAUGAGUACAGUUUACAAUAAGACCAGGAAUAAAUGCUAGAUUUGUUUUUGAUUUUAAUUUUUUUUUUUAAAAAGGACAAAAAUGAUUGGAGAAAUCUCUAGAAAAAAAAUAUUCUCAACAAAUUACAUUGUACAAUUGAAAAAUAGUGCAAAACGAUAUUUAAGAAAAACAUAUAUUUUCAUAUAAUUAUUAACACAUUUUCAAUAUAUGUAUAUAUUGUGUUGCCUUUUUAAAGAAAAUAUAUGCAUCAUCGCAAAUAAUGUAAUGCCGUCAUAUUGACCACGUCCCUAGCCAUGCCCCUAACCACGCCUCCACCGCCACAGAUAUCUUGGCAAUCUAGGGGAAACCCUGGAAUCAGAUGCUUUCUUGUCAUAAUCAUCAACUAUAUUUCCCAGUCGGUCCAGCAGCCGAAUCUUUCUGGUGUUUCUCACAACGGGUGCAACGGUAGAAUGUUGUUUUGGUUUGACUGGUUCUACAGCCAUCUUUUUCAUCCAUGCAUGUCUGGAAGUUUGACCGUAGCCCUAUUUGUGUGUAUGUGCGUGUGUGUGUGCCUGUGCGUUCCAUUUACCACUAGUCUGAUUUGAUGAGUUUGUGACAUGUACUCAAUUUUCUACUCAGUGUUAAUGGAGUUGAUCGGCAUCCGUCAACUCUUAAAUGAGAAGCGUAGAAAGCGUCCUCAGUACAUUGUGCAUUCAUGCAAAUACACUUGAUACAGUAUAAAUGAUUUCCCUCACAAAUACACACAAGGUGGCGUAGUGAUAUGAAACGUUUGACUGUUGAGGAGGAUUACAAUUAGAUGAUAAAAUGGUAUACUUUUUAUAUUUGUGCUUGUAUGUUGAUGACAUGUUUGAAGCAAAAUUGCAUGACUGACACACAAACGAUUGAGGUGAAAAACAAAUGUCUAAUUAAUGGCGUAGUGGGUAGAGCAACCGUGCCAGAAACUUGAGGGUUGCAGGUUCGCUCCCCGCCUCUUACCAUCAAAAAAUCGCUGCUGUUGUGUCCUUGGGCGGCACACUUCACCCUUUGCCCCCGGUGCCACUCACACCGGUGAAUUGAAUGAUGAAUGAUAGGUGGUGGUCGGAGGGACCGUUGGCGCAAAUUGCAGCCACGCUUCCGUCAGUCUACCCCAGGGCAGCUGUGACUAUGAAAGUAGCUUACCACCACCAGGUGUGAACGAUUGAUGGGUUCUACAUGUAAAGCGACUUUGGGUACUUAGAAAAGCGCUAUAUAAAUCCCAGUUAUUAUUAUUAUUAAUUACUUGUAUGUGAAAGGCUACCCUAUAUAGAUCACUUUACUUUAUUCCCCAAAUCAUGGAUACAUGUAAUGUUAGCAAUAUUUGCUCAGUGACCAUGUAAGAAAGGGCAAAAUACAAAGGCAUUUUACUUUGAAUUCAAUUAACCCAUUAAACAUUGCCAUUAUUGUUACAUUUGUUCCAUGCCAGUAAUUAUUAAAACACUACUUUCACACCCCGCGGAAGCACUUAAAACCUUAAUUAAAUGGCUAAGUAGACCUUCAGGUUGCCAUGUUUGACCAGUCAUCCCCCAUGGAUCACUAAGUCCAUUAAAUGUUUGACUAUUCUUCACAAAGUAAUUACACAAAUGUUUAAUUAAACGGGGACGCUACAAGAGGAGAAUUAAGACCGUCGUCAGAUACUGCUUGGAUUGCAGUGCGGAAGAUUUAACUGUGAUAGAAAAAGAAAAAAAAGACAAACAUUUCACAUAGCUGUAACUAUUUCAUUCUAAGGGCUAGGACAUCUAUGUUGCAAUAUUUUCUUAUAUAUGAUUGUUGUUUUCAGCGCUAACUUUAUUUUAAUAAAGAGGCAAUAAGCUGUAAAGGGCAUAUAGCAGCUUGUUGUUUGUGACUCAGGAGGGAAUUUUUAAGUCUAAGAAAUAAGUAUAACAAGUGUCAGUGUAAUAAUGUAUAAUAGAAAGCAUGCAAUGAUUUUUGGAGUUUAAAGGGUUUGAGGUAGGAUGUGUUGGGCAGGGCUAAGAAAAAAACAGAAAAAAUUACCUUUUUGUUGGUUUUGAUGCAAAAACAAAAGGAAAAUAGCACUUCAGGUUUGUACCCUGUGUGUUUUGAAUGCUUUAAAACAUAAGUGGGGGUCAUUUCUGUUUGGCUUCAGGCCUCCCCCUGCUGGUGUGGAGUGUCAGUGAUUUAGUCAAGGUGCAUUUAGAUUUGUCAUUGCUUUCAGGGGAUGCAAAAGAAGGUGGGAGAGCUGUCGCUAUUACGUUUGGAUAUAGGGGUUAAACGCCUCAGUCCCUCCUUGCCAUGCUUGCUGAGCAGACUGCAGCUAGGGUCAUCCUGGGCUGAGCGAGAGAGGCUUACCAUCCUGUGGGAGUUCCACAUCUUGAAUGGUAACCUGGUUAGUGUGUACCUGUGUAGGACCAUAUACAGAUAAGCUUCUUUGCGUGUUGUGUGUGAGUUGGGGGAGAAUCAAUGAGCUCGAGUCCUUGGACAAAAAAGCAAUAAACACUAUUAACAAGGUGCAGCCAUCACUAUGUCUGGGAUGGGGGCAGAGUGGAAUGGAGGAAGGUGAAGGCAGGUGCAGAUUAAUAUUGAUAUUGAAUAUGUGCAAGUGUUUAGGUUUUUUUUGCCCUUUGGUGUGUGAGUGUGUAUGUGCAUGCAUGCUUUACUUUGAGGUGGAGUCCCUUCGCCACAUCUGCAAUGCAGCAGAAAACACACCAAAAAAAGAGAAAGUAGUGGAGGGAGGGGCAGCGCUGACAAAAGAGUGACGCUGUCCUCUGAGUUUUUUUUGUUCAUUAUCAGACUUCAAGCUUAUUAUUAUUACUAUUAUUGUAACUACAUGUGGGACUGACAUGUACUGUAUUGCAUUAUGUCAGCACAGAUGUGGUUACACGAGUGACCUUUACACGCACAAACACACACACACACACACACACACACACACACACACACACACACACACACACACACACACACACACACACACACACACACACACACACACACACACACACACACACACACACACACAGGGACUCCCAAGCAGAUACAGCACAAUAGGUCAUCUGUGUGUCAAUGCAGUCCAUUUUACAUUUUUGUUUAGUUUAUGAAUGAUUGUCACUUUGUUGUUUCCUGUGUAUGUUUUUUUCAUUCAUUUGGAGUAUUUUGUUUGGCCCUCAAAAGGUGGGAUGAAAAGAAAAAGAAAAGCAAAGACUGUCUUCCUCCUCGUCACCUGAUUUUGACUGCACACCUCCUGUUACACACUUUAUACCUUUACUUGUAUGUGUCAUUCAUCGAUUCGUGACAGAUUAUUUUUGUUCUUUGUACUGCAUGGACACUUGGGACAAAAAGAGACUUCCAAGAGAUCAUUGUCUUCCAAAUGCAAAAAGAGCGCUUUAGUCUUCCAGCUAUCAAAGCUACAAUGACACUAUUUUUGUAUACAACCAGGCAAAAAAUAUAUAUACAUCUAUAUCUUUCUAUAGAAGUAUACCCAUGACAAUGUGGCGGGGAUGCAAUAGCUCUAACUGAUAGCGGUCGAUUGGUAACCAAUGCUGGACACUGCCCCAACAAAAAGGUUGAGAUGAAAGACACAUUGUGCAGAAAUGGGGAGUGGGAAAUGGGGAUGGGGUGUAUUCUAAAGUUACAAAAGCGGGAUGACAAGCUUGCAUGCUUCACAUCAUUUACUGGACACAAAGAAACAGUAUUUGCCCUCUAUUUACUCUUUGAGCUCUUACCUGUAAACACCCCUUGCAUUUAUUUAUAUAAUAACUUACACAAAGUCAAGGGAGACAUAUUAUUGGAUAUAAAUGAAUAAAACAAACUAAUAU